AUGUCGCCCCCAUAUGUUCCUUCCGUGGCCGGGGCCGAACUGUUCGGGCACAUCGAAGUCGCUCCUGCACCAAGCAGCGGCACAAAGGCUGGUCCCAUUGCGGCGGAAGAGUAUCAAAGAGAGCUGAUAAACAAUGUAGGAUGUAUGAUCGCCGUCAUCGUCGCCUUGGCUGUCUUCCAGUUCACGCCCAAGCGCAAACUCAGUGAUUUUUCCGCACGAAAACUCACUCACAUUUCCAUGGGCACUCUUCUGCUUCUCCUCAAAACAGAAGGCAAAUUUGCGAAGAAGCGUGACAAAGGAGUUAUCCUGUUCAACGCCAUUGUGGCCGUGUGGGCAGUCUUUGACCUCCCUUUCUCUGCCUUGGCUCCGAUGUUCUAUGCCGACCCAUGUGGUGCUAUCGUUGGGACACUCGUCGAAUCCCCAAAGUGGAAGGGAGACAAGACGGUCGCUGGAAGCGCCGCGGUCUUUGUUGUGACACUCUUAGCUGCAUACAGUGUGGAGUGCAUCUGGCACCGCGUCGUCCUGGCGGUGCUCUGCACCAUUUUGGAGGCCGUUGGGGGAGACUAUGACAACAUGCUUAUGAGCGCUCCAGUAAUCGCCUACUACUUCCUUUUUCAGCAUCAACAGCACGCGGUCAACGACGCGUGGGGCGGCCUGAGCAUCCGAGGAGGCUUUUCAUCCUAG